AUGAAUUACAGCGUUUCAGUUUGCAUUCUAAUUGCAAUCACUUCCUUUAAAGAUGUUGAAAGCAGAUCGCUUCUUAAUCGGUACUUCAGUGCCGAAGAUGGAGAUUCGGUUAUUGCGGAUCCGUAUGAAGAUCAAAGAGUUUCCGAUGCUGAUGUGGGAAUGAAAUCAGCUCGAUUCAUUGGAACAUUCGGUACAAGAACAAUCGAAAGUCGCCAAGAAAACACUUUUGUUGAUCAGGAUGGAGUACCAGUUCCAAUAUUGCCCUAUCAUGAGAACUAUCAUGCUAAUCGUGAAGACAUUUUACAUACUAAACAUAAUCGCCAUGAUCAUUUGGGCGGGGGAGCAGUCGAGCGUUUCCUUGAGCGUAGUCGUCAGGGAUAA